ACAGUCAGUCUCAGUUUGAACUCACUCAAAGGGGAAGGAGCACAUCAGGCAAAGCUUUGAAGACCAGCGCCACAUGAAGAAGUGCCAGAUUUACUUAAGAAGAAAUUCCUUUCUGUGGAGUGGAAGUGGAUAUAUGAGAAAGAUCUGUCUGCUUCAAUGUGUGUGACAGAGGAGUUUGGUGUUUUCCAUUGCCAAACACGUACCAGAUGACCAUCCCUGUGUCAACAGUGAGUCAGAGCAAAGCUAAGCUGCAGGUAAAGUGCCUGUGUGUGCUUAUGUUCCUGAGUUUCCCUCUGUCAAUGGCAGAGGUACCCGGUCCAUGCAGACACUCAAUCACUAGAGAACACCUGCUGGUAGUCAGGCAACUGAUGGACAACCAGUUGAGAAGUGGGUGUUCAAUAACCUACACAUUCAUAGAACAGAGAACUCUGAGCAAAUGUUGCUUUGUGAAAGCUGCUUUACCCUGGACACUGGAGCUGCUAACCGCCCAUUUCAAGUACAGUCGGGGCUCAAUAAAUGAUGGCUAUGUUCAGUCCCUGAGGGCGCUUAUCCUCAACAUGUAUUCGCAGAGAUGCGUGCCUCAGAUUAAUGAAGAGGUGGAGGAUAAGCCAGAGAGCUUUGAGAUGGUCUACCGAGGGUCUCCGUUGGAAGCUUUGCAGAGAGUUUCAGAGGUGUUGUCUGUUUACUGGGAUCUGGUGACAACCAGUGACUCACCGGUUGACUGGAGAUGCCAGCAGGAAUACUCAGAAAGCUUUGGCUCCUCGACAGAGCUACCCACAGUGUCAACCGCUCAAUAUUUUACAGACAGUUAUGAUUGGAACUCAGCGAAGACUUCGCAGAAAAAAACAGUCAGGGAUGUGUACAAGUUUGGCUUCAUCAUUGCAUCCAUCAGCGGGGGACUGGUGCUCAUUCUUACGCUCUACUGUCUCAUCGUCCACAAGAAAAUUUACUGCCAUCAUGGAUCAAGAUUAGACACAAACUUAAACAUUGACCAACAGGAUAUAGAGAUGGAACCACAGUGAUACAUCGAGGAGCCCACCACUGCAUCAGCAAUCACAGUACCUGGGAAGCUGUACAUUUUGUCCAAUCCAAGUUUUCAUGUCCCUAUAUGUGUGAUGCAUUCAGCUUACUAGUUCAAUCAGAAGCUUAGAUUUGACCAAAAACAAAAAUGGAUGUUUCUUGGAGCUGUGUAUAUUGAGCCUUAUGUAUUGCAGGUGUCUUCUUCAGGUUAACUAAUUUCUUUUGGGGUUUUUUGUUUUGUUUUGUUUUUACUGUGGCAUUUUUUCCCUCUCUAUUUGUGUCCAAUUAACCAAGUGUUUGUGAUGUUGUCCCCAUAAGUUAUUUAUUUCCAUAAGUCUACUCAAUCACUGUAAUAAAAAAAAUUAUCAUAAAAAAAUCAUAACUAUCAGUAGUAGACUUAAUUGAUUCACCCCGUGCUGUGAGCUACCAGUUUAUAUCUAAGUUUUAUUAAAGGAUUUCUAUAACUUCACAGACUGCAUCUUCUCUGGAAAGCACCGAAGUUCUGAUAAAAAAUCAUGUCAUGUUCAGUGUAAAUAAACCUUCUCAUGUCUGUUUUGAACAAUUUCUCACUAAAUAUUUGUAUAUCAAAAUUUAUUGCCAUACUGGACUGCUGUGCAGAUUCAACAUAAACUCUGGUCAAUAAACUGUUAUUAAUCA